CUUUUCCACAAAAGCGCACCUUGUCCUUCAGCGCCGGGGUCAGUCUUCUGAAGCACUAAGAUCUGUGGAGAUACCUCUUUUUCUUUAAAAUCUCUCUUCACCCAAAAAAAGCAGUCAUGAAAGGGGGCAUGCAAUGCAUUAAAUACCUGAUGUUUGCCUUUAAUUUUCUAUUCUGGCUUGCAGGAACAGCUGUGCUGGCAAUCGGACUAUGGCUGCGCUUUGACUCCAGAACCAAAGGCAUCUUUGAGGUGGAUUCCAACCCGUCGACAUUCUUCACAGGGGUCUACAUCCUGAUCGGAGCCGGUGCUCUCAUGAUGAUCGUGGGCUUUCUGGGGUGCUGCGGUGCAAUUCAAGAAUCCCCCUGUAUGCUCGGCCUGGUCAGUAUCGCUUUUAUAUGCACCCCAUUUGAUACAAAAGGUCCUGUCACAGCAUUUAGCCUGGCUCUUUCAAAAGUUCAGGAAGUUGUGACGGACAUAGAGGAUUUCUACAAAGAGACCUACAACAAUUACUUGAAAACCAAACAGGAAGCACUGAAGGAAACACUCCGAGCAUUUCACUUUGGUUUGGACUGCUGUGGGAUGGGUGGCACUUUUGAACCAAUCGUGAAAGAUACCUGCCCUACCAAAGAAGGCUUAGCUGUACUGUCUUUGAAGCCCUGUCCGCAAGCCAUUCAUGAAGUGUUUGAGUCAAAACUGCACAUCAUCGCUGGAGUUGGAAUUGGUAUUGCUAUUGUGAUGAUUUUUGGCAUGAUCUUCAGCAUGGUUCUCUGCUGUGCCAUCCGCAAUACCAGAGAUGUUGUCUAAAGAGGUCGACACCUGCCUUAUUGUUAAUAGUUCAUUUGUCUAUUUCAAUAUUACAGCUUUGAAAAUAUUGUCUAAUCUAAUUUUAUAAACCAUUUAAAACCCUGUAAGUGCAGUCAUUUUUUUAUGAGUCAUAUUUUUCGUAUUCCAUUUCUUGUAGUUUAGCUACUUCCUUGACUUUUAUAAGGUUUUAGUUGGAGUUAAUGUGAUUUUGCUAAUGUGAUCUAUAAAUAACUUUUUUGUUUCAGUUUUGUUAAAUACAAACAAAUGUUGAGCUUUUACAAUGCCAAAUAAAAUUUACUAAUUUGA